GGCAAAGAUGAUUGAGUAUAUUCCUGAUGCUUAUGUGCUAAAUAGGUGGACUAGUUUGGCAACUAAAACGCCAAUUUUUGAUUUAGAAGGAAAUAUCUUGGAGGCAUGUGUUAACUUUGUUGAUUGUAAAAGAAUGUUAAAUGAGUUAUGGUCAGAAAUUCACACAUGUGUGAGUUUGGCUCAGGGUAAUGAAGAAGAUCUUACUGAUCUUGUGAAGAAUUUAAAAGGUUUAAGGUUAAACUUGGAAGCUAAGAAGAGUUCUAACAAUCAUGAAAACAAUGGUUCUCCUAGCAAAGCAACAGACAUCGAGCUACUGAUUGGAGCUACCCUUCCUACUGAAAUUGUGGUUAAGCCGCCUAAAAUUUCAAAGAACAAAGGCACGGGGGUUCAUGUUCCAGGUACAGGUAGUGACAAACGAUUGAAAGGUGACAAGGAAAAGGCAAUUGAGCAAAGCCAAAAGAAGAAAAGGUUAUGUAGAGGUUGUGGAGAGCUUGGUUACCAUGAUAUCCGGAAUUGCCCACAUAAAGUGAAAGAAAAUUAAUUGUCAUUAAAAGCUUCUCGCCAAAGAAUACACAAUUUCAUCAUUCACCAUCGCCACAUAGAUCCUCUCACUUUUUGAAGUGUUAUUUUUUUAUAGUUUUUUUUUUGUGUUACGUUUUUGGACAUUGUCAUAUUUUCCAUGAACAAUGUAUAUCUAUAUAGUUUUUUCAUGGCUCUGAAAAAUAUACUUUAUGUUCCUUUUGCUUAACUAUUAUUUUCAACAAUUAAAAGGUAUCCCCAUGCAUAUUGUUGAUAUUAUUAUUUUCGCCCGCAUGACUUCUCAUUUUAGCUUAUCGUUGUACAAAAGUUCACUUCAUUCAUCUACAAUACAAACACUAAACCAAAUUUUAAGAAAUAAAGUUAAAAGUUCGAUGUUAUGAGUAAGUAAAGUAAUUGUUCUAAUUCAACUAAGUAAAUGUUCUGAAUUCAAAGAGACAAAGUUCUUAAUUUAAAAAGUUCUUAGUUCUUAAAAAAGUUAAAAGUUAGUGCACAAAAUGUAAAUGCUCUAAGUCAACUUACCAUACGUUUUGAAAUAACAUAGUAUUUGUUCCGAAUCACGUU